AUGGAGGAAAAUCCCGAGCUGGCUAGAGGAAGCAAAUUCGUAGCGCGGGAUUUGGUUACUUCCCUAUGGUGGAAGAUAACGGAUUCCUUGAACAGUUUGGGCCCUCCAAAUCGUUCCGUUGCAGCCUGGCAAAAGGUUUGGAAUGACAAAAAAUUGCAACUGAGACGAAAGUUGCAGCACAACAAGACCGAGCUGACGGCCACUGGAGGUGGGCCAAAUAGCCUGCAUUCUUUCAACGAUCUGGAAGAAACCAUAAUUCGCCUCCUUUCGCUGGAGAGAGCAGUCAUAAUGGGUCUGUUUUCGGUACGCAGUUGGCAUCCGGUCAAGCACCCGGUUCAUCUGGAAUGGAUGAAAACCAAAACCUAGCCGAAGUAUCAGCUGGCGAGCCGCAGGCUAUAGAAGACGAGGAGCCUACACGGGACAAUGCAGCUCGGGAAGAUGAGCCAAGAGGUCAGUCGAAUGGACGAGGACGUGGACGUGGACGAACAACCAAACGUAAUUUCCGAAAAGCUCUCCUCGAAAAGCAGACUGACGAUCUCUGCAAGAUAAAACGCCAUGUAUCGGAUUGCGCACGAUAUGCGCGUAAAUCGUACGAUUUGCACGAGAAGCGAUUUGCGCUUGAAACAAACCGAUUUGAGCUGGAAGAGGAAAAAUUUCGAUUCAAAAAGCAGAUGAUCCUGGAUAAGGAGAAGAAUAGAAAUCAGCAGCUAGAUUACCAGUUGCAGAUGCUGCAAUAUAAAAGCAGAAGCUCGACUUUGAGAUGAGACGAAAGUCUGAGAUACCUGAAGUUAGAGACGAAAGUGACGAUGAGUAGAUUACUUCUUGCUUUGUUAUUGUUCUCCUUUUUCUGUAAUAAUUUAAUUUAAGCAAUUAGUAUUUUAACGUCAUUGUUUUGAAGACAUAAAAAUAAAAAUGAGAACGCUGAAAACUUUUUCAUACUCACUGUAAUAUUUAGUACUAUUCCUUACUAUAUUUAUUCAGUUA